AGUGAGUCGUCGCAUAGCAUCCUGUUGGCCUACUGGAUUUCAUUUACUCCUCACUGCCGUUAUUCGCGCGCUGUAGUCUGUAGCGGUCGGCGUGUGCAUUUUACCAAUUUUGCGCUUGAAAGUUCGAAUAUUCAUCAACUUUGUCAGUCGGUUAGAUAGCAGUUUUAGAAUUUUAAACUUUGUUUUGAUAAUAUUCAACUUGGUGAAAUGAUUUGUGCAACUUUAUACUAUUGUGAAAUCAGAUUUUUUUAAUCAACUUGCAGUUGGUGGUGAACUAUAUAAAGAAUAGUAUUUUUUAAUUAUAGUUCAGUACAUUGACUUUUUAUGUUCAGUUUUGUUUCGUAUUGCAUCCUUACUAGGACCACAUCCUUGUAGAAAGGGCGUUAUUUCCAUUGAUGGGAUGAUUCCUAAUUGAAACUCAAACUACUUAAGGAAACCGAAAGUUUUCUCCGUCAAACAUUUGAAGUUACAAGAAAAAUCCUGAUACGCGUACACUCGAACGUUUUCUCCGCCAGGCGCUUAAGAUUACAACAAAAUCCUGAUAUAUUCAUAAAACGCUUCAAGCUGCAAUGAAGUAUUCGACAAGACUAAUCGUCGUGUUGUAUAUACUAGCAUCAUUAAGUUCGACGUGUUUAAGCAUAAAGACCAGAAAGGCGAAAGAACCAAAACGUGAAAAGAACAACACUCAUCAGGUCGGCUUUUCCAACUUAUGCACAAUAGAAGAUAACACAGCUGCAUUCAGGUGUUUUUGUCAUGGUGGUACGGCUCCCGGCAAUGUUACCAAUACCGAAUGUUGGAUUUUCGGAAGUCUGGCAAAGGACCACGAGGUGUGGUUCCUGUUCUCCUCGCAACCUCGACUGACCGAGUUGAAAAUCAUUGUAAGACCUGACGGUCAGCUUGGCUUCAUUCCAACUAAAGCGUUGGAAUAUCUGAAAGAUCUAAAGAGACUCAUGAUUUCCUACGGAAAUGUCGACGUCAUUCAUCCGUACGCUUUUGCUAACUUAACGGAAUUACGAGAAUUAACACUGCCCAGAAGUCAGAUAGCAAACUUGGACCACCAUGCUGUCGCACAUCUUCCUAAUCUGACUGAGAUUAAUUUCAAUGAGAAUCGAAUCUACCAACUGCAAAAAGAUGUAUUUGUCGAUUUGCCUAAUCUUCAAAAACUGACAAUUAAUCACAACAAUUUGUCGUUUAUACAAGAAGGCGCAUUCAGAUAUCUGUCUCACCUUGUAGAACUGGAAAUGAAGGAUAAUUUUAUUACUGUACUUACGAAAGACACAUUUACCGGUUUAAGUGAACUAAAACGAUUGGAUUUAAGUUUCAACAAUAUCAGCAGGCUUGGCGAUCUAACCUUCGCAGAAUUGUGGGUUCUUGAGGAAUUGAUUUUGGAAAGAAACGAUAUCGAGUUUAUUUCGGACAGGGCUUUUGCAGGAUUGACUCAUCUUAGAAAAUUGGAUUUGGGCCACAACAACCUGACAACGUUGGUUAACAACGUUUUCGAUGGAAUUCCAGCCAUUUACUUCCUUGAUCUUCGAUACAACCAUUUGCAAACGAUAACAUUCGAGAAUGCUCGACCCAUAAUGCACAACCUUCGUAACAGGACCACCUACUUCUACAUACAGGAUAACGACUUCGUUUGCGAUUGUCGCUUAAAAUGGAUGUACGGUCUUUACAAUGAGACGAAAAGCGACAGAGUAAAAGAAGUUCUGAAGGAUUUAACAUGCUACUUGGAAGAUAUACAAGAAGAAACGUACGAUAAUAACGAUGACAACUAUGUUUUUGACGACAAUUAUGUGACAGCUUCGAUCGAGGAACUGCGUGACCCUUUCAUUCGCCGUUUACUCCAUAUACCACCCAACGAAUUGCCGUGUCCCCAGAAGAUAAAGAACCCCACCGAGAUUCCCAGGUAUCCCGAUAAGACUCCAGCAUAUGCGGAAAUUAACUCAAUUGGUCGCUGUUCCACAACAUCCCUCCUCCCUCUGUUCAUUUAUGCCAUUGCAACAACAGUUGAUCGAAUUAUCACGUAAAUUGAUAGGACUGAAGUACAGAGCAAGGGAGAAAGAGGUUAAAGAGAGAAAGAGGUUUGUUUAUUUAUUUUAAUAUAUUGUAAAUAGUUAAAACAUUACUUUAAAGUGCACGUUUGUAUGUACGUUGAUAAUGACGAUGACUGUUUUUUAUUGGUGCGCACGAACGGUUUUUAAAUGUGUCCGGAUAAUUUACUGUGCUUAGAUUUAAUGGUCGGUGUAAAUUACUUUUAUCUGAUUACGUAAGGAAAAUGUGAGCAGUUGGGGAGAAACCACUUUAAACUACGCUGAACAAACUUUUAUUACACAAAUAAAUCGAUGUGUUGCAGAAUACAAUUUAAAAUUCAAAUUCACGUUUCAAAAAAAAAAAAUGUAAGCUUUGGCUGGUAAAUUUUGCGUCAAUUACAGAACGAAUGAAAUCGUUUCAUCACCUUCAGAUGUGUGAAAGAAAGGCUUUUUAUAAAGCAAAUUUUUUUAACAAAUUAUUGAAAUUUCUGUUUUUUCGUUUUUAACGCCUCAUUGCGUGGUUUCUCUCCAGUCCUUUCCAACCCUUUACACGAAUUGAUGUACAUAUAUCACAAUGAAAUAAAUAAUAAUUAUAUUGCAAUAAAAAAGUAUCUUAUGUUAAAAUGUGCAAUGAGCAACGCAAGAAAUGUAUUUAUUUUUUACUUUAAAACGACUAAGUAAGUAUUUAGGAUUUAUAAUAAGUUAGACUAAAACGAGCCAAUUCUAAAAGCGUAUGCUUCUACAAGCAAAAGAAAGUAAUUAAAGGUAAAGAAUUAUUUUUUUAAAUUGUUUCUUCUUUGGAAUUUUAUUAAAAAGACAAAAAUUACAAGUAAUUUUACUACAAUCGGUUUUCUAGAAUAGUAAAGUUGAAAUUUAUCAAUUUGUGAUAAUAAUAAAAUGAGUAAGAAUGAUCUAGGUAUAAAACUUUAACUUAUUUAAUUAAUAAUGUUGCAUAUAAUAGGAAAUUUAUUGUCUUUCCUUAUUAUUUAUAGUUUAUCUUCUGCAAAGCUAUUCUUAAGGGUAACUAAUAUUACAGAUGCGUUCAGAUUAAGCGAACGAAUUCAUUUGUCGUCAUCAUCUCCAUCAAAACUUCACCACUUUGUAUAUUUGGGAAACGUUUCGUUUUCUUGCCUGCCUUCAAUCAUAUAUAUUAAAAUAUUUCGUUCACUAAUUUGGAAUGUAUUCAUUUGGUAAUUGCAAAUAAUUUGAUCAAUAUGACAUUCAUGAUGCUCAAUGCAUACGAACCAAAAUUAUCGUUCUUUGUUCGCAUAAUCUAGAUGCACUUUAAAUUAUCACAAAUUCUAACAAACACAUUUUCACAUCUAUUGGGAAUUUGGGUUUGAAUGUUGACUUAUUUUUAUUACGUACUUAAUACAACAAAAAAAAUUCAAUUAAAAAGGUAGUUUUAGUCAAAAUGAUAAUUGUAAGAAUGACAAUUGCAUUUCAUUGAUUCUAAAUGAUAUUUUAUAAUGACAUUUCUUAGUAGGUACUGCAUUUAUGUGUUUUGUUUUAUUUCAGAAACGUUAUUUACUAACACUUACUGUUCUCUCUAACAGAAAUAGCUUUUUGUACAAAAAUAUUAAUGUACCUUCUAUCCCUUGUGGUGUUACCAAAAACUAAUACAAUACCUUUAAUGGGCUACUUAAUAACUUAAUGUUUUUUGUCGCUAAUUACAUAUUUUGUUGCCGUUUUUAACUACGUGCACAACCUUAUUUAUACGACCAAACGUUCCGAGUUUCAAAAAAAAAAAAGAUAUAUUUUCCGAUGUUAUUCCAUCAACUAAAUGUGUAAUAGCGAAUAGAACCUUGGAAUUUUGGGAUGCAUUUUUCAGGAAAAAUAGGGUAUUAACGUGUCUAUGUAAUUUAUUACUAAUUUGUUUAAUUUGUAAACAUAUUUUCAGAAUUGAAUCUAUUAAAUAAAUAGUUGUACAACA